AUGGACUCGGUGGACGAAAUUUUAAUUAAAAAGUUACCUAAAAACGAAGUAGACAAGUUCAAUAGAAUUUUCUUUGGACGAAAGGAUCAUAGUACGCUUCGACUCAAAGAUGAAACAAAAAAGGCCAGUGAAAACGAUAAUUUCGAUGUUUUUGGAUAUUCGUUCGAUGCGACAAAAGAACAAUUGCGGCAACCGAGAGUUUUGAGGUUAGGUUUAGUACAGCAUUCCAUUGUUUUGCCAACGCAUAAGCCGAUUACUGAACAGAGAACAGCAAUAUUUCAUAAAGUAAAGAAAAUCAUAGAAAUAGCAGCGUCAGAAGGGGUUAAAAUCUUGUGUUUACAAGAAACGUGGGCUAUGCCAUUCUUCCUUUGUACCAGGGAAAAAGAAAAGUGGUCGCAAUUCGCCGAAUCGGCUCAAUUCGGCCCCAGUACUAUGUUCUUAAGUGAAUUAGCUAAGAAACACGAAAUGGUAAUAAUAUCUCCGAUUCUAGAAAUUGAUGAAAACGCCACCUGGUGGAAUACGGCGGUAGUUAUAAACGAGAAGGGACACUAUUUGGGUAAGCACCGCAAAAAUCAUUUGCCAAGUGUUGGCAGUUUUAGUGAAACCGCUUAUUAUUCACCUGGCAAUACCAAUCACCCGGUUUUCGACACGAAAUAUGCAAAAAUCGCUAUUAAUAUAUGUUAUGGACGACAUCAUGCUUUAAACUGGUUAAUGUUUGGUUUAAAUGGCGCUGAAAUAGUUUUCAACCCUGCCGCUACUAUCUCCGAGUUUGGAGAGUCCUUUUGGGGAAUCGAAGCCAGAAAUGCUGCAAUAGCGAACGGUUAUUUUACUUGCAGCAUCAACAGGGUUGGCACAGAGGAGUUUAAUCUCAAUGAUAAGGUAAUAAAGAGGACUUAUUACGGCUCUAGUUAUGUCACAGCCCCGAAUGGUAUCAGAACACCAAUGAUGUCUAGGCAAAAAGACGGUUUGCUUACAGCUGAAGUUGAUUUAAAUGCAUGUAGGCAAGUUAAGGAUCAGUGGGGUUUUAACAUGACUUCAAGAUUGGAUAUGUACGCGGAAAGUCUUCAAAAUAUUGUCGAAAAUAAAGGUGACAACCAAUAA